CGAAGUCCCGCGCCUCGUUGGUGGGGUGUGUGCAGAAAGAGCAGGGAUAAAUAGGAGGCUCCCUCCGCCCAGCGACACUCUCGGACCAGCCGCCCGCUGGCCCUGGGUGUUUGGCUGCCCUGGAGCCAGGGUGCCAGCCUGAGUAGUUUCGUUUCCUGCUGGCUCCGGGAUUAGUUUCCAGGCACCCCCUCGGGCGCCCGUGGCCGGGGAAGGGGGCGCAGGAGGAGGUGGGAGACUCGUCGAGGGGCUUCCCGGCCCCGCAGCGCGGGGUUGAUGGACCGGGCCGCCCCGGGCAGCAGCGCCAGCUCCCUGCCGCUGCUCCUGGCCCUCGCCCUGGGUCUAGUGAUCCUCCACUGUGUUGUGGCAGAUGGGAAUUCAACCAGAAGUCCUGAAAAUGAUGACCUUCUCUGUGGAGAUCCCAGAGAAAACUGCGCAGCUACUACUACGCAAUCAAAGCGAAGGGGCCACUUCUCUCGGUGCCCCAAGCAAUAUAAACAUUACUGCAUCAAAGGGAGAUGUCGCUUCGUGGUGGCCGAGCAGACGCCCUCCUGCGUCUGUGACGAAGGCUACGCCGGGGCACGAUGUGAGCGCGUUGACUUGUUUUACCUGAGAGGAGAUAGAGGGCAGAUUUUAGUGAUUUGUUUGAUAGCAAUUAUGGUCAUUUUUAUCAUUUUGGUGGUCAGCAUCUGCACAUGCUGUCAUCCUCUUCGGAAACGUCGUAAAAGAAGGAAGAAAGAGGAAGAAAUGGAAACUCUGGGUAAAGACAUAACUCCAAUCAAUGAAGAUAUUCAAGAGACUAGUAUUGCUUAAUGGCUAUGAAAGUACCUCCAGACUGGUGGCCAGCUGCAAAAUGCCUUGCUCGUUUGAAAAUGGACAGAAUGUGUCUCAGGAAAACAGCUAGAAAAAUGAAUUUUAAAUAGUGUAUUUACUUUUUGUUUGUAAUGUUAGUUUGUGUUUACUAUUGUUUUUAUAAUAAUAAUAAUAAGUAAUUUUAUUAUUGCUUAGUAAUUGGGAAAAAGCACCCAGUUAAGAAGGGAAAUUUUAAUAAACUUCCAAUUAAGUUUUACUAGUCACCAGGAUUACUAGUCAAACAAAAAAAAAAAAAGCAGGAAGGAGUUUAGACCUUAGGAACUGAAUUAGUAAAAAAGCCACCACUUAUCCAACAUUUACUAUGUGCUAAGAGUUUGAAAUAUAUUAUCUCCAUUAAUCCUUUGAAGAGCCUAGGAGAUAUCUACUAUGAUCCUCAUUUCCCAUAUGUGGAAACAGGCCCAAAGAAGGUAAGUAAACUAACCCAGAAUUACAGGGUUAGGAACUGGUGGAUCUGGAAUUGGAACCAAGAUUUACCCAGGUUCAAAGUUUGUGCUCCUAACCAUCAUUUUUGUUCAUCCAAGUCAGUGCAGCCUGACUCACUAGUAGAACCCAGGACCUUAUACUGAACUGCGUUUUGCCAUGACUCUGAGGUCUGGGGUCAUUUUCCUGCAGAGACUCAGAAUGCAGGAUCCUGGAUAUAUGUUACUGUUAUCACCACGCUUUCCAUAGCAUUGUGUUUUAUUACGUUCCUUUGCUCCUUUCUAAAUUCUCAGUGACAUGAAUAAAUUCUACAUUAGUAAAGCAAAUAGAUUUGCCCCAUAGCUAGGGUAGUGAAUAGGGAUGGAAGAUAAAUACCUGACAGUCUUUAAACCCCAGGUAAGUGUUUAUGCUCACUAAAGUAUAAAGAAUCGCACUGGAAGAAGCUGGUUAUCCCAGGGUAAUGGUCAGUGACAGCACCGCAGAGCCCAAGCGAGACUGGUUGUGACCAUAUCCUCAUUUUUGUUCUUCUGAAAAAACACUUCCUGGGGUUGCUCUCAGGUGAAUUUUGGUGCAAUGAAAUCAUGACCAUAAUCAUCUAUUACUUAGGACUCUCUUGCCAAAUGCUUCUUCAACUCCACGGUACAUUUGAUAAAGACUCUUUUAAACUUGAAAAAGCAAAAUCUACAUUUAGCCAAUAUUCCAUAGAAUACAGAACUUUCUACAUUGACUGGGUGGGUCAUUCACAAAAAGUGAUGGAAGGUGUCCCCAAAUUGCUGCAUUUUGGCUGUUGUGACUGUCAGCCAAGCAUCUUCUUUUCCAGAAUCUUUCCAAGUUUUACUUUGCAGCGUAGGCUGCAUACACAAAGUGAAGGCAGAGAAUUCCGACAUGAGGUGAAGUCGUUUCUCACCUCUAUCACUCGUCGUGUUUUGAGUGAGGCUGAGGCUGUGCUUCUGUAUAACACAGAAAUAGCUCAAGUAUCAAUAAGAGCAAAGUCAAACAACUGCUAAUUUUCUAAAUCUAUUUUUUCUCCUAACUUAAUGGCCCUUGUUGAAAUAGGAUUAUAUCCAACUGAUCCAUGUUAUGUAUGCUUUAUUUUCAAAAGCCCCCUUCUGGGCUCAUUCAUUUCUUCUCUUUCUCAAUUUUCUUUGACACUAAGAGCAUUUGAAACAUGCUUGUUAGAGCAUUUAAAAACAAAAAACAAUGCUCUUGGUGUUUCUUCUUUCCUGAACCGAGGUUGAUUGACCAAUGGAAUCUCUCAAGACGAUUCAGGCUUGGAAAGUUUGUUUUGAUCCUAAAAUGUUAAUGAUGUCUCUUGAAAUUUGGUAGGUCUAAUGUCAAGAAAGAACCUCAAAGAUUUUCAUAUCUUUUCAAAAUGUGUUUUAUAAUUGUUUUGCUUAUACUAAAUGACCUUGUUUAUGUACACUGUCAAUAUUAUCAUGUAACAAAUAAAUUUAUU